AAAUUAGAGAACCCACAUCUAAUUUAAUUCAUAUCAACAACAAACCCCCUUCACUCUCAAGUCUCAAUCUCCAUGACUCCACAGUUCCAAUUUCGAACAUUAAAAAAAUACUAGCAAAUUUAAAUAAACAAACAAGAUUCUCGAAAAAAUGCUAUCUCCCAACCCACUUUCUCUUCUUUGCGCACUCCUUCUCUGCUUACCUCUAGCCAUAUUUUUCACCACCGAUACCACACAUACAGCAACCACCACCCCCAUCAUGUUCCACAUACCAAUGCCUCUUCCAAGAAACAUUAGCAUCCAGGAAAACCCUAACAAAAACUUAACAUCAUUGUCACCAUUAUUAUCAUCAUUAAAUAUCCAAGAUGACAAACCACACAAAGUAACCACUCGCGUAAAAGGAAGGCCCAUUAAGCCUAACCAAAAACAACUCUCAACAUUGUUGUUAUCAUCAUUACCAUCCCCAUUAAGACAAAACCCCGAUGAUGCCCUAUUCAAGGCAGCCAUGCGCGUGAAAUCAAAGCCCACAAGGCCUAAGAAGGUAGCGUUCAUGUUCCUAACGACCAAACCCCUCCCGUUCGCGCCACUUUGGGAAUCCUACUUCAACCAAACCCCAACAUCAAAGAAUCUAUUCAACAUUUACGUUCACGCAGACCCAUCUUUCUCCUACCACGCGCCUUUCUCCGGCGUAUUCUCCAACCGCGUUAUUAGCUCACAAUCCACCAGGAGAUUCUCCCCCACUCUCUCCGCAGCAGCGCGUCGUCUACUUGCGCACGCGCUCGUAGACGACAUGUCAAAUUCUGUGUUCGUGCUAAUCUCUCCCUCUUGCAUCCCUCUCCACUCGCUCAAGUUCACCUACCACGUGCUUCUCCGUCAGGGCAAAAGCUUUGUAGAGAUUCUUGCGAAUGAAGAAACGGCUUAUGAUCGCUGGGCGGCGCGUGGACCACACGCGAUGCUCCCGGAGGUGAGGCUUGAGGAGUUCCGCGUGGGGUCACAGUUUUGGGCACUGACGCGUCGGCACGCACGGCUUGUUGUGAGUGACCGCGUGCUGUGGUCAAAGUUCGACGCGCCGUGCGUGCGGUUUGAUUCGUGCUAUCCCGAGGAGAAUUACUUUCCUACCCUUUUGAGCAUGUGGGACCCGCAGGGGUGCGUGCCAGCCACGCUCACGCAUGUUAAUUGGACGGGGCGCGUGGACGGGCAUCCCCGCACGUACGAAGCGUGGGAAGUGGGGCCCGAACUGAUUCGGAGGAUGAGGGAAGAUAGACCAAGGUACGGUGACGGUAACAGUGACGGACGGAGUGAUCCGUUUUUGUUUGCGAGGAAGUUCGCCCCAGAUGCGUUGCAACCGUUGAUGAGAAUUGCUAACGGCGUCAUCUUCAGGGACUAACUAUAUUUCUAUCCAAUGAAGAAAGAAAGAAAGGAACCAAGCUUUUUUUACUGGAAGAAAGGAACCAAGCUAUGAUAUGUAUAAAUUAAUUUAAAAUAGAUAUUUCAUAUUUUUUAUUUAAGCGUUUAAAAUAGAUAUUUCUAUUUGAAAUAAGGAAA